CUCUUAUUGAAUUCACUGUUCAUGCUAAAAUAAUUAAAAAGAUGCUGUUUUAGAUCUAAGUCAUUACCCAGAGCCAUACCUUUGUUAAUUCAUAAAUUUAUAAACUCUCGGGGAGGUCGCUAUGUUAGAAGAAAUGCUAUCAAAACUCAUAUAUCUGGACCUUUGGAAACACCAACUACUAUUUCUCGUCGAAAAUCUUGUGAAGGAGAUGAGUUUGGAUACUUUAAAUCUACUAAAGAAUGGAUGCAGUUAGUUAAAAUAGAUAAUCCUUAACAUAGGAAUUAGAACUUAGCCAGAAUUGUUUUUUUAAGACUAAAACAUGGAAAUUCACAAAGUCAAUCUAAGCGCAUUCUUUCUUUAAAAAAGUGUAAAAAUUAUAUAAUAUCAAAUUAGGCUUCAAAGACUAAGUAAAUUUGCUGCGUAUUUUAUCAACAUUUAAACCAAAAGUAACAAUUUAAUAGGUUGAUCUUGGGAAUCAACCAAAAAAAGUUAAUAUGCCUCUUCUACCAUCUCCUAAAGCUAAAGUUCAUACAAAAUUGUUUCCUUUCAAUAAAUCAAUUACAAUUGAUUAACCUCUUUUUCCAAAAAAGAUUCAUAGAAAUUGGAGUUAAUUAGAUAUAAUAGCCCCUUAGAAAGCAAUAACAUAGCCAGCAUCAAAUUAUGUAAGUCCUAGGAAAUUCAAAAAAUCUAUAAUGAAUAUAUAUGGUAUUUCAAAUACUAUGCAGUUUAUAAAGUACUGA